AGCGCGAAUUGUCGCAGUCCAAUGUCGCUCCAAUACAUCUCGGACUGUUCGGGUCAUGCGUUUACUUACCUAACGCACUUACUUCGGAGCAUCCAGAUCUCUCGACACAACUACCAGGUUGCUAGACAUGGCGCGCCAUCGCUGAUGUGUCUGCCUGACGAUAUCCUCUUGCUGGUUCUUGAUUAUGUAGAGGAAAGCACAGGACUGGACGGCAGCUUCCCAAGCGCUACAGAAGCAGCAAGCUCUCAAGAUCUUGUCAGUCUUGCAAUCUGCAACAGGCGCAUGCGGACUCUGGCAUCACCUCUGCUGUUCGAGAAGAUCUGUCUCGGCCGCAGCUGGGGUCCGGAGCAUAUGAUCGAGUCCUUGAAAGCGCUUCGACAAUCAGAAGAUGCCUUAAAGGCGGCACGAGAGCUACACAUAGACCUAUGGCCUGAGCCAGACCGCGCUGUGCCGCCGGGAUUGCUCGACGAGCUGGGCUCGCUUCUGCUAGAAUGUAUGGCUUCGAUGAACAGGCUCACAAGGAUCUCGCUAUCAACAACACCAUCCUGCAGUGAAUCAAUGCGAGAGACUUUCGAACAAGCUGGCUCCUCCUACCCGCAGGUCAAAGAACUCGUUGUUGGUUCCCACUCGGGUUGGCUGAUCAGCUAUUGCCCGAACGUCGAAAGAAUCUUUUCGGAUGACUGGUUGGUAGAAUCGCUAUCUGGCCAUAAUCCACUACCAGACUUCCUGCAAGCUGCCGGCCAAGCCACUGAACUGCGAGAGUUUUCCUGCAACGCACUCUGGGAUAUCGAAUCAGUGCAAUUAGCGUACCAACACAUGCCUCAAUUGCGAAGUCUGGGUAUACGCGGCCGCAUCAGCCCACCGCUACAAGAAAUGAUUACUAUUCUCAGGAAGUUCCGAUAUCUCAGGUCCCUAGCACUACCAGAGGCUAGCAUGCUAGCAGGGCUGAACAUCGGAGAGUGUUCCUUCGUCAACCUAGAGGAUUCUGCUGCGCAAGCGAGCGCGCUUGUGACCAUCUUUGAAAAGUUGCGCCGGUUGGAAGAAGUCAGAUUAGGCAGGCACUUUCGCGCAUGGACUAGCAGCGAGGCGCAUCGCCCAGGGAGAAUCACGUUACAGUGGGAAAUGAAUCCUGGCUUCACUCGUCUUCAGACUUUGUCCUGCAGUCGAGCCACUAUACAUUGGGAGACAGAUGACGCUUCCAGUUUGACUACUAUCGACGAUGAUCUGGAAGCCAUAUUGUCUACGGCGGAAGAUUCGGCUUCAAUAUUCUCGCGAGCAGAUACUCUAGCAUUUUAA